AUGUCCGCAGCGCAGACCAGGUCAUCCACAUUGCAGUCGAACAAGAUGAAAAAAGAAGAGUCAUUCCUUGGAAAGCUGGGUGGCACGCUGGCUCGCAAGAAAAAGUUCAAAGAAGUGAGUGACCUUCAGGAAGAAGGCAAGAAUGCCAUCAAUGCGCCAUUACAGCCGUCUUCUGCAGACCUGCUCCCCGAAGACACAUUGUUAGAAGAGAAUGCUGAGAGAACAAUGCUUGAUCCCACAUCCAGGGAGAAUCCCAAAUUUAAAGACUUGCAAAGGGUCCUGAUUGACUGGAUCAAUAAUGAACUGGAAGAGGAGAGGAUCAUUGUGAAAGAUCUGGAGGAGGACCUGUAUGACGGGCAGGUGUUGCAGAAGCUGUUUGAAAAGCUGUCAGGGCGUAAGCUAAAUGUUGCUGAAGUGACGCAGUCUGAGAUUGGGCAGAAGCAGAAGCUGCAGACCGUACUGGAGGCUGUUAAUGAGCUGCUCCGCCCCCAGGGCUGGUCCAUUGAGUGGGGUGUCGACUCAAUCCAUGCCAAGAACCUGGUGGCCAUUGUGUAUCUUUUGGUGGCUCUGGCCAUGCAUUUUCAGGCUGCCAUCAGACUUCCUGAGCAUGUGUCUGUACAGGUGGUGGUGGUAAAGAAAAGAGAAGGUAUUUUACACACCUGCCAUGUGACCAAAGAACUUACCACCUCCACAGAGAUGAUGAUGGGGCGAUUUGAACGGGAUGCCUUUGACACAUUACUGGAUCAUGCACCAGACAAGCUCAAUGUGGUAAAAACGUCUCUCAUUACCUUUGUAAACAAACAUCUGAACAAACUGAAUUUGGAGGUGACAGAGCUGGAGACUCAGUUUGCAGAUGGUGUGUAUCUGGUCCUGUUAAUGGGUCUGUUAGAGGACUACUUUGUGCCUCUCUAUAACUUCUUUCUCACUCCUGAGAGCUUUGAACAGAAGGUUCACAAUGUGGCAUUUGCCUUUGAACUGAUGCAGGAUGGAGGACUGAAAAAGCCCAAAGCUCGCCCAGAAGAUGUGGUGAACUUGAAUCUGAAAUCCACACUAAGAGUUCUCUACAACUUGUUCACUAACUACAAAAACGCAGAAUAA